UAGCUUUAUGCGUCUUGAAACACAAACUAGAGAUAGUGGUCAUAAUACUGUUCAGUCUCAUCGUGUUCAGUAGCCACUUGUACGCCCGCGUUGUCUCAGUGUAGACACGGUUACAAUUUGACCUGAGGUAUCAUACCAGCCAGUUUUAACUAGUGUCUCACUUCGCUUCUUGUCCCAAGACAUCAGCCAGCUUGUUUUGCAUAAUGAAACAUUCGAAGACAUUGUUGAGUUUACAAUUACCAGUGUCUCGUAUUAAACGUAAUAACAUCGAAGUGGACUUACGCACAACCUGUCAUUAUCUCCAAAUGGUGUUAUCACAUGUGUUACAUUGAAUUGUGUGUAGGAAGUCAUUGAGAUUCAUCAAGCUAUGCGUUCAAUUAAAUCUCAUUGAUCCGGGUUGGGAUUGGCCUUAACGUUCCGCGUUGAUUUUAUCCGCGUGAUAAAGACGUGAUCAACGGCCGCUUCUGUGACAACUGUGACGUUUGUUGUACUGAUGACGCUUAAAGGAAAUGAAGAAAAAUUCAACUUGCUGGAUAAAACUUUCAUAAUGAGUUACGAGUGCUCAAGUUAUUCCUGAAAAACGACAAUUUGUUCUUCACAAAGUUUCCUUGUUUCGGUCAUUAAAAUGUACUCCUUCGAUGAAAUCGGUAAUACGGACAGUGGCUUUGACGUGGAGAUGAGCUCAUUGUCUUCCAGCUGUCUGGACGACGCCGGUCGAGGACAGCGCACCCCCAUGCGUCCAAUGAUCGCCGAAUACGACCCUAAGAAGCACGGUGUCAAAACAGAACUCUCAGACAUGGUUCUUGUCAAAUACAAGUGCGAGAAAAAUGAAGUGCCAAUAACCGUUCAAAAUGGCUCAACCCUGCCGCUGGUGGAGCGUCCAAAUGACGAGGAAGCAGCCCUUUACGAUCCAUUUGAGCACAGGAAGUUAGCACAUCCAACGUCUGACCUCGACACCCUUAUUCAUCUGCUCAAGGGUAGCCUUGGCUCUGGUAUCCUUGCCAUGCCAUUAGCAUUCAAGAAUGCUGGAUUAUUCUUCGGUUUAUUUGCCACAUUUUUCAUCGGUGCUGUAUGCACAUAUUGCGUACAUAUACUUGUUAAAUGUGCUCAUACAUUGUGCAGACGUACGCAAACACCGAGUUUGGGAUUUGCUGAUGUCGCUGAAGCAGCUUUUCUCGUUGGGCCUGAACCGGUUCAGAAGUACGCCAGGCUUGCAAAAGCGACAAUCAAUUCGUUCCUAGUGAUUGAUCUCCUCGGCUGCUGCUGUGUCUACAUAGUGUUCGUAGCCAAGAAUCUCCAUGAUGUUGUCAACCACCACACGGGGCAGGACUGGGAUGUAAGAGUAUACAUGGCAAUGCUUCUGCCACCACUACUACUCUUGUGCUUGGUGAGAAAUUUGAAGUGGCUAGCACCAUUUUCAAUGCUAGCUAAUGCCCUCAUAGCGACCGGUAUGGGCAUCACUUUCUACUACAUCUUUAGGGAUACAUCGCAGUUUAAGUCUGUAGAUGCUUUCUCGAGCUUCUCCCAACUGCCAUUGUUCUUCGGCACUGCCAUCUUCGCUUUGGAGGGAAUCGGUGUUGUUAUGCCCCUCGAGAACAACAUGAAGACUCCAACCCAUUUCAUCGGCUGCCCCGGCGUCCUCAACAUCGGAAUGUUCUGCGUAGUCACCCUCUACAGCACAGUCGGCUUCUUCGGUUACCUUCGCUAUGGAGACAGCACCCAAGCCUCCAUCACCCUGGACCUUCCCACCGAUGAAAUCCUCGGCCAAUCUGUCAAGGUCAUGAUUGCCAUCGCCAUUUUCUGUACCUACGGCCUUCAGUUCUACGUUCCCAUGGAGAUCAUCUGGAAGAAUCUCAAAUGCCAUUUUGGUGCGCGCAAAUUAUACGUUGAGUACAUUGUCAGAAUCAUCCUCGUUAUUUGCACCGUUGGCGUCGCCAUUGCUGUUCCCAACCUCGGUCCCUUCAUCUCCCUCGUCGGGGCUGUCUGUCUCUCAACUCUUGGUCUCAUGUUCCCAUCUAUAAUCGAACUGGUAACUGUCUGGGAAGAAGAGGAUGGCCUAGGCCGAUACAACUGGAGACUCUGGAAGAACAUUCUCAUCAUCCUCUUCGGUGUUCUCGGUUUCGUCACGGGUACUUACACGAGUAUCCUCGAAAUCACGGAAGGGAACAGUAAUUGAGACGCUCGACGUGAUGUCUGCGUCUCAAUAAAUAGAUCGCAUAUUUCGCGUUAAAUGCGUGGCACGCAACAACAACAUACAACAAUAAGUAAUAUACAAACAAUAACUCUCAUUGAUGCCUCGAAUAAGAUAAUUCGGGGCUUGCACAUGCGCCAUUUAUGGUUAACGAAGGUCAUAACUACGGCUCUCGGAUUUAUUAUUUAUACAUCUAUGUAAGCAUCGAGCGUAGAGCGAAUUGUGUCGCCAUAUUUAGGUACUAGAUGACAAACGGAGAGGUUAUUCUACUUAAGUUUUGUUUCUGUCAACGACACGAGAGCCGGACCCCUUGACUAAUGGUGGAACUGUAGGCUGCUGCUGAUUUUGACUGAGCUUCCUUAUGCGAGAAAAGUUUUUUUUUCCAGGAUGAGAGUUAAUCUCUUCGGUUUAGGGGCAAUUGUCGAAUCGGCGCCAUUGUGUGACUCUUGUCUCGUUAAUGGCGGCUGAGGUGUCAGGAUUUUGUGAAAAUUCUGACGAUCUCGAUGGACGCCAUCUUGAGGGACGGGAGGGUUAACGCGAUUCAGUGAUCAAUUAACUCGAUUUUUGACAUCUGUGAAUAGCCGGUCUAGCCAGAAUCUUGGGACUGUGCCUCUAGGUUAGAAUUUUAUCAAACGAAAUGUUUUCUUUUUGUAACUGUAUUCUUCCGUAAAUUAGUUUCGCCGUCUAGACCCGCCAGUAUUUUCUUCGCUUAUGCGAAGGAUAGACUAAUGAGAGAUACAAAAUUUCAAUGAAAUAAGAGAAUAGUGAUAGAAAAUAGCAGUAUGACAUUUUUUUCAAGUUGAUGAUCUUUUUUGUUUUUUUUUAUGUCCUAUUAUGAGAGUAGUAUUGAGCGGUACCGACAGACUGAUUUUUUGAGUGCUUUUCUAUUGUCAUCGAUUGUGUGAAUUUGGAAAACUAGUUUUUGACGCAGGCACAUAUUUUUGGAUAUUUCGAAGUUUCAAGGAUCAAUUACGGAGCAUUUGGUUUCUGCGAUUAAAUUACAUGAUGGCUUUUUUAGGGGUAAUAAGUAAAUUAAUGACGAUUGUAUAGACAAAAUUGUUGGCAAUAUUCACAGGAACUUUAAAAGGAAAUAGUGAUAUGAUACGAAUUGUUAAACAUUUUUGAGAGAGUUUUUAUCGAGAUUCGGUGAUUCGAACAAAAAUAAGUCGAGGUUAAAUGGAACAAUAGGUAGAUUAGCCAUCUUCAUGCGUCAGUGAAAUUUUCCCAUUUUGAAAUUUUCAUCAUGUCUGUAGAUAAAACCAUGUGACGAGUUUUUUGGUACCUGUUUUUUUCAAUUCAAUGCAUACUGUUAUAUUAUUUUUCAUUGUAACAUGAAAAGAAAAUGUUAUUCUAUUUAAUAAACGAUCAAUCCAUUUGCAGAA